AUGUCGUUUUUAUUGGAUUGUUUCCCCUGUUUUAGUUCCCAACCAGAGCUUAGAAUAAAUAAAUCAAAAUUCAAGAUUCUUAAACUAUUAGGAGAAGGUGGGUUUUCAUACGUUUACCUCGUCGAGGCAUCAAAUGGUGCUCAUUAUGCCUUGAAGAAGAUCAGAUGUCCCUUUGGUGCUGAAAGUGUCAAGAUUGCCAUGACUGAAGUUGAAAAUUAUAAAGAAUUCCAUUCUCCUUAUAUCAUUAGAGCAAUAGAUUCAAAUAUUAUUCAAGAAGAUGAUGGAUCCAAAACAGUUUAUAUUCUUUUACCAUUUUUCGAAAGCUCAUUACAAGAUAUAAUAAAUUCUAAUGUUAUUAAUGAUACAAAGAUGGAUGAAGUUGAAGUUAUAAGGAUAUUCAUUGGAAUUUGUAGAGGUUUACAAAAUAUGCAUAGACAUCAUAUUAGUGUUAAUAAACAUCCAACUUUAACAGAUUUGGACUCAAAUAAUAUUGAUGAAGGAGAUGAACAAGAUAAUUUAUUACUGGACAAUGAUGAUGAUGAUGGUGAAUCUGAAAUUGAUACAUUACCUGGUUUAGUUAAUAGUGGGAAUAACCAAGGGAAUGACGAAGACGAUGAUGAAUUUAAUGAUGCUACAGAGCUAACUUCUACAAUAGCAUAUGCUCAUAAGGAUAUAAAACCAUCAAAUGUCAUGUUAUCAAAAGAUGGAUUACCAGUACUUGUUGAUUUAGGUAGUUGUUCAAAAGCUAGAGUUAAGGCUAAAACAAGAAGUGCAGCUAUUGCUAUUCAAGAGUUAGCUGCUGAACAUUGUACAUUACCAUAUAGAGCACCUGAAUUACUUGAUGUGAAAACGGGUUCCAAAAUUGAUGAAAAAAUUGAUAUUUGGUCACUUGGAUGUACAUUAUAUGCAUUAUUAUAUGGAUGUUCACCAUUUGAAUAUGAAGAAAAUGAAAAUGGUGCAAGUAUUACAUUAGCAAUAAGUAAUGGUACCUUAAAUUUCCCUAAAAAGGGUGAUUUAUAUUCAGAUGAAUUGAAAAGUUUGAUCAAGAUGUGUAUAGUGAUUGAUCCUGAAGAACGUCCAAGUAUUGAAGAUGUUCUUUCUAGAGCCUUAGAAGUUCAAUCACGAAUCGGAUAA